CUAUCAUUGAUCGUCAUUUUUUGAUAAUGUCUACAGAAGAAACUCCAGUUAGAUCAAAAAAGGCAUCCAGCGAUAGUCAGAUCGCCACCGCCACACUUUUUGUUCGUGGACUUCCCCCCAGCGCAACCAGCAAAGACCUUGAAGAGUUCUUUGGCGACAUUGGACCUACUCGUAAAUGCUUUGUGAUUGCAGACAAGUCAGACGGCGAUGUGAAGGAAGGCGAACCCGGUUUCAAAAACAGAGGAUUUGGAUACGUUCAUUACGCUCUUGCAGAUGAUGCCAAGUUAGCCUUGGAAAAACUCAAGUCUGCUAAAUUCAAAGGACAAAAAAAACUUCGCAUGGAACUUGCCAAACGUAAAUCCGAUGCUACUGGAUCCGGAGGACGAUCGAAUGAAGAUGGCGAGAACAGAAAGAGAAAGAGAUCCGAUAACCAAAAACCUUUUGCUAAAAAGGCCAAGGCAGAAGAAACAGAGGAGACAGAGGAGCAGGAGGACAAAUCUGCAACCGUUAUUGAGACAGAUACACAAAUUGACGUACCUUCUAAAAAAAUUAACAAAUCAAUCACCACUACCAAGACUACCACAACAACAACAACUACUACUAAAGGUCCUGCCGCAGGAACUGAGGCUGUAACAAAGGCAUCUCGUCUUAUUGUUCGUAACUUGCCCUGGAAGUACAAAGAGGCCGAUCUCGAAAAAGUCUUUUCCGAGCAUGGUGUAGUAAAGGAAGUUACGCUUCCCCGUAAAUUUGAGAAUGGACCUCUUCGUGGGUUUGCUUUCAUCCAGUACGCUACUAUUGCUGAAGCCGAAGCUGCUAUGGCUGCAUUGAACGCCACUGAACAUGCUGGUAGAACUAUUGCUGUUGAUUGGUCCUUGUCCAAAGAUCGCUUCAAGAAGAUUGAAGAUAGAGAAGCUGCCAAGGCCGCCAAGGCUGCUCCCGUUGUACCUGUAGCUGAAAAGGCUGUUGAAGAGGAGGAUACUGAAAUGAAGGAAGUCAGUGAAGACUCAGGAUCGGAAUCUGAUUCCGAUUCCGACUCUGAUUCCGACUCUGACUCUGAUGAAGAAAAGGAAGAUGAUGAUGAAGAAGAAGAAGUCAAGGAAAAGUUUGCGAAAAAGGAACGUACACUUCCCCAGACGACUGAGGGAACCACACUUUUUAUCCGUAACUUGUUGUUCGAGACCACAGAGGCAGACCUUAAAGAACUUUUCACUCAAUGGGGCAGAGUUCGUUAUGCACGUAUCACUAGAGACCCUGAAACUGGUCUUUCAAGAGGUUCUGGAUUUGUCUGUAUGUUUAACAAGGAAGAUGCCGACAAGUGCUUGGAAGAUGCUGAGGAGAUGAAGAAAAUGUCACAAAAGGAGGAAACUGAUGAUCAGUCGGCCAUCAACUCGUUGAUGUCCAAGAGAGAGAAGAAGAAGAAGGGUACUUUGCACAAGAGUAUCUUGGCUCCUGACGGUGGAUCAAGCUUGGGUAUGAAGUUCACUCUCCAUGGCCGCGUACUGGAUGUCACACGGGCAGUUGACCGAACCCAGGCUACAAAGAUCAAAGAGGAUAAGCAGAACCUUAAGAAAAAGGAAGAUAAGCGUAGUUUGUAUCUCAUGCGAGAGGGUGUCAUUUUCCCCAAUACACCUGCAGCUGCCACAAUCACACCUGCCGAACUCCAGAAGCGUCAGAUGGCAUUCUCUAACCGCAGAAAGCAGAUCAGUAGCAACCCAUCUCUCUAUAUGUCCCGAACUCGUCUGUCAGUCCGUAACCUUCCUUUGAACAUUGAUGAUCAAGAGCUCAAGAAGCUGGGCUUCCAGAGCAUUCCCAAAUUUAAGGAGGAGGUCAAGGCCAAGUUGCGGUCUGACUUGACAAAAGAGGAGAAGGAAGAAGGAUGGCAGUACAAGCCUCGCGUCAAGCAGGCCAAGAUUAUUCGAAGCAAAGACAGAAUUGACGCUGCCUCGAAGAUGGAGCGUAGUAAGGGUUAUGGUUUCUUGGAAUACACUACCCAUGCCCAUGCUCUUGCUGCUCUGAGAUACCUCAACAACAAUCCCGAGGUGUUUGAUGGAAAGAGAUUGACGGUCGAGUUCUCAUUAGAAAAUUCCCUUAGAACAAAGGCAAACCCAAGAGAGGACCGCUCUUGAAAAAGAAAUGUAUGAUAUUUUUUUCCUCCCCCGCCACCCACUCCUCCGUUUUGUAAAAAUAAGAAGAAAAGAUAAAAGAAAUAAAACAAAACAAAACAUCAAAAU